CCAUUUCUUUCAAUCUGCACCUCACACUGUCACCUCCUACUGUCAUGCGCCCCUUCAACAAGCCUCCUCCUUCGCUCGGCGAGUCGGCGAUCCGCGUCUCGUUCCCAGCUGAGCAUGUGCUCCACGUCGCCAUCGACCGGCCAGACAAGUUCAACGCGCUGCGUGCUAUCGACAGCUUUGCGAUGGAUGAUAUCUGGGAGUGGUACGAGAGCGAGCCGAGCCUGCGCUGUGCGAUACUGGGGACGACCAACCCGAGAGCAUGGUGCGCCGGCGGCGACUUGAAGGAGCUCAGCCAGCGCGACGGCCGCAAGGCCGGGAAGUACCUCUGGCCCGACACAGGUCUCGGCGGUCUGGCCAAGCGCUUCUUGCGCAAGCCCGUCAUUGCGGCCGUCAACGGCGUGGUCAUCGGCGGCGCCGUGGAGAUGCUAAGCAACCUCGACGUCGUGAUUGCAGGCGAGAGCGCAAAGCUCUCUUUGCCAGAGGCCAAGCGAGGAGUGGCCGCUGCGGGCGGCGGCCUGCCCAGAUUCGUCUUCCUCAUCGGCAGACAAAAGUCUGCUGAGCUGCUUAUGACCGGCAGGGACAUUCCCGCGUGGGAGGCGGAGAAGCUUGGCCUCGUCAACAUGGUCGUGCCAGAUGACCAGGUGGAGGCCCGUGCGCUUCAGAUGGCUAAGGAGACCGCCGCAAACGCCCCGGACUCGGUGCAGCUGUGUCUUUUCGGCCUCCGUCUUACCGAGGAGGAAAUGGGAUACCAGCGUAUGAUGGCACGCUAUACUCAGUCCAAGGAGCUCAAGGCGCUGAACACGGGCCCCAACCUCAAGGAGGGACUGCAGGCGUUUAUUGAGAAGCGCGCACCUCGGUGGCACGACCCCAAGCUCUAAUAUACACGGGGCAAUCAGUUAGAUGGGCAUUUGGAUGGAUUCCGGAUCUUGGUUGCGGAAGUAUGCGCAAUGGGUGCCAUGCAAGGCUUGAUAAACUGGCACGGAUAUUGAGGCCAACCUCCUCACCCAUCAGGUGUGUCCAUGCAUGUCACUGUUG